GGCAGCCAUCUUCGCCUCUCUCUUGUCGGCCUUCUCCAUCCUCCCUCUUCUUCCUCGUGCUGCCUGCCUUCUUCGCUUCCUUGCCUCGCCCCCAAAGUCGACACGCGCUUCAUGCCCUGUGCCGCCCUCUGCAUCAUGCCGACCGCCGCUGCCGUCCCCUCGCCGCCGACGCACGCGUGACAACCCCCCGCCGACCGCGGACACCUCGCUUCUUGAUUUCGCCUGGAUUUUACUCCUCGUCCUUGAUUCGUCCGGCGCAGCGAGUGUCAUGGCGCCGCUCCGCGGGGCCAAGCGCCGCAAGAGGGCGGCGGCGGCGGAGAAGAAGGCCGCCGCCCAAGCAAUGGCGGCCGCGGCGGCGGGCCACCCCGCGACCGGCGGCGACUGGUGGGACGGCUUCUCCGUCCGGAUGGCAGGAACCUUAGCUUCCAUGGAUGAUGCACACAGAUUUGAGUCUGUCUUCAAAAUGCCAAGAAAAACCUUUGACUAUGUCUGCAGCUUGGUGAAAGAUGAUAUGAUGGUAAGGUCGAGCAGCUAUACCUUUCUCGAUGGAAGGAUAAUGUCUCUAGAAGAUCGAGUAGCUGUUGCUCUGAGAAGGUUGAACUCCGGUGGGUCACUAGUGACCGUAGGAGGCUCUGUUGGUGUGAACCACUCGACCGUCUCGCUGAUAACUUGGAGGUUUGUUGAAGCUGUGGAGGCACGAGCAGGCCACCACCUGCGCUGGCCAGACUCUGAUGAGAUGGCGAUGAUCAAGUCCAAGUUUGAGGAGAUUCACGGUUUGCCAAACUGCUGUGGCGUUGUAGACACAACUCACAUCGUAAUGUGCCUCUCUUCAGCUGAACCAAACUGCAAGGUCUGGCAGGAUCAUCAGAAGAAUUACAGCAUGGUCCUGCAAGCCGUGAUUGAUCCAGAUAUGAGGUUCACAGACAUUGUGACAGGAUGGCCUGGUAGCAUGAAAGAGUCAGGUAUCUUGCACAGCUCUGGUCUCUUCAAGCUGUGCGAGAAUGGUUAUCGUCUGAAUGGUGACAAACUGACGGUAUCAGACGGAUCAGAAAUUGGGGAAUACUUGCUCGGUGAUGCAGGGUACCCUCUUAUCCCCUGGCUCCUCACACCUUACCAGGAGAAUGACCUCUCGGAUUCCAAAGCAGAGUUCAAUAAGAGACACUUGGCAGCCAGAACUGUCGCAAUGAAGGCGCUGGCAAAGUUCAAAGACACAUGGAAGUUCCUGCAUGGAGAGAUGUGGCGCCCGGACAAGCACAAGCUGCCCCGGAUCAUCCAUGUGUGCUGCCUGUUGCAUAACAUAGUGAUAGACAUGGAGGACAAUGCCGCCACAGAGGAGGACGCGGCCAUGGAGGAGGCGCGGCUGUCAGACGAUCACGACGCAAACUACAAGCAGCAGGUUUGCCUGUUAGCAGAUGAGAAGGCUGUUGGGGUGAGAGACAAACUGUCGGAGCACCUGAACCGCAACUGAAGGAAGAAGCCAAUGAAGAAAUUCACCCUCUCUGGGUGCUGCUGUCGAUUUCUGUCUGUUGCAGGCUUGCAGCUGGGUCUCUGGCUGCACUGUUUUGCAGAGUUUAGGCCAAUCAAACUUUGGUUUUAAUGUUAGCGCUGUAGUGCACCCUGUCAAUUGCUCAUUUGGUUAUUCAGGAUUUUGCUGGUGCUCGUUGAAAAUCUUUUAAAAACUUGUAAACUUUACCUGGCAGGCGUAUGGUAUGGAGGUAGAUGAACCAUCAACCAGAAUCUUUUAGGGCUCUUUGUUUCGCAUGAUCUGGAAAUUGCACAUUGUAACUUUGUAAUGUCAUGCCAUCUGGAACCCUUUAUAAUCUUUGUUGCAUCUAGGAAAACCCAUGGAAAUUUUUCCAAAGGGCAUGGUUUAAUGAAACUUUAAACUUUACCUGGCA